AUGCAAAUCAUUGUGAGUGGUGAGCUUCAAGCGCUUGAGUCAAUUUUCCAGAUAUAUGGUCGGCACCAAGUCUUCUCUAGACCUGUAAUUACCCUCAAAGUGUUUGAAGACAAUAUUUUGGUUUGUGAGUUUCUCGAGGAAAAGGGCAAUGACAGAAUUCUCGGUGUUGACGGGGGAGGAAGUAAGCGUUGUGCGAUAUUCGGGGGCAAUCCUGUGGUACAAGCUCAUAAUAAUGGAUGGGCGGGUAUAGUGGUUAAUGGUUGUGUGAGGGAUGUUGAUGAGAUAAAUGGGUGUGAUAUUGGAGUGAGAGCUUUGGCUUUACAUCCAAUGAAAGCUAACAAGAAGUGGAUUGGGGAGAAGCAUGUUCCAAUUAGCAUUGCCAGCACUAAUAAUCUGCGGCGGAGAGUGGCUUUAUGCUCGCACACACACAUGGAAUUCUGAUUUCUUGAA